AUGACAGAGGAAAGCGGCGUCCGACGGACGGUGAAACGGACGUCCGACGGACGUCCGUCGGACGGUAAAACGGACGGUAAAACGGACAUAGUGGCUCCUUGGAGACAUAUCCGCACUCACACCGACGAAAGGCCAUACCAGUGUGAAGUUUGUGGCAAAGCCUUUAGGCAAUUGAGCAAUCUGGCAGAACAUUCUAAAAUUCACAAUAAGGACCAACAGCACCCGUGUCCUCACUGUUCCUCAAGGUUCGCACAUUUAUCUAACCUUAAGAGUCAUAUUCGCAUUCACACUGGCGAAAAGCCAUACCAGUGUAAAGUCUGUGACAAAGCGUUCGCACAGUCUUCUAGCCUAAAGAGACAUAUCCGCACUCACACCGGCGAAAAGCCAUACCAGUGUAAAGUGUGUGACAAAGCCUUUAGGCAAUCAGGCAAUCUGGCAGAACAUUUGAAAAUUCACAAUAAGGACAAACGGUAUCAGUGUCCUCACUGUUUUUCAAGGUUCGUAAACUUAUCUAACCUUAAGUGUCAUAUCCGCACUCACACUGGCGAAAAGCCAUACCAGUGUAAAGUCUGUGACAAAGCCUUUCGUACAUCAAGCACACUAGUAAAACAUUCGAAAAUUCAUAAUAAGGGUAAGAAGGAUAAAUAA